UCUUGUUCCUCCUUUCUUGAAUCAUAUCCAGUGUAUUAACUCUCGUGACACUACUAUGUAAAAAUUACUAAUUGCUGCAUAAGGUUUCCGGGUGGAUUCAUCAUCAAAAUUUACACGUUGUUCGGAAAUUUUACUAUUGAUUAUUUCCCGGAGAGUAGCUCUGAUCAUAUUACCGGGUAAAACACUGAAGUUAUUUCGAAUGCAGCCGCUGCGACUACUCCAAUUGUAAUCGUUACAUUUAAUGUCUGCUUUAUUACUGAGCAAACCACUUGAAAAAAACGGCAGUAAGCCGCUCUAAAUCCAGCACUCUCACGGGAAAACAAUAAGCGCUUAGGUGCUCAGUGGUCUUCGUGACCUAAAAAACCGAACGUUUAACGAGUCAAUAGAACUUUUUAAACGACAUUCGUCGGUCCAAAGACCUUCAUAAUCAUGAAGAUGGUCACUGGGAACCAAGUGACUAGACUCACUACACUGAACUGUGCAGAAGACUUAUGAUGCUCCACGAAGACCAAUGAAAUUUGCAACAGAUCAUCAUAAACCCGAGGCAAUUCUACGUACUACUGAUUUAAAAUGUUCUAAAAUCACGCCACGUUAAAAUCCUGUCAUAUUGGUUAUAUUCGUAUUGUCAAACUUUAUAUGAUUGAUAAGGCAACACUUCAGUAACGGAGCGAUCUUCGAAUAAUUUUCGCUGCUUUGUAAGUGAUUUCCUACUUAGCAGGGUGGUUCUAUCACAUAUGAGCAUUUAGAUAAUCAUUGUUUUGAAAAGUUUAAAAGCCGAAUCAUCUUAUUUUUUGCAUGGGUAUUGUAUGCUGUCUUGUUAUAUCUUUUAAAUGCAAUAAUACGAUAUUUACAUUUCUCUUAUACAUUUUCUGCAGACUAAACGUCGAGAUUUAUCUCCGAGCCGUAAAGCUUCACUGGCACCUCCUGAUAUUAUAAUUUACAACAUGGUCGAAGAAAAGUUCAAGGUUUUAACAUUUAAUUGCUGGGCCGUGUUUUUCCCGUCUCCGACUGUGAGGAAAGAAGACCGUGUUAACGCAAUUGCCGCGAAGUUAUCAGUUGGGGAUUUCGACGUGAUUUUACUUCAGGAGAUUUGGCUGGAAUCAGAUUACAGAAAGCUCCGAAACAUUCUGGACGAAAAGUAUCCAUACUCUAAUUACUUUUAUUGCAACCUUAUAGGAACUGGUAUGUGCAUAUUUUCAAAAUGGACUAUAGAAUGUGUGUUCACACAUCCCUUUACUGCUAACGGAUAUCCUCAUCUUAUUCACCAAGCUGAUUACUAUUGUGGCAAAGGUAUUGGGUUAGCCAGGAUCACAAGCAAAGAAGGAUUUAGGAUUAACUUUUAUGUAACCCACUUAAUUGCUCGUUAUGAAUUAGAUCGUAUGUUAGAUAAAUAUAAUGGACAUCGAAUAUCUCAAUUAGUUGAAAUAAUGGAAUUUGUUCGCAUGACAUCCACUGGUUCUGAUGCAAUUAUAAUUACUGGAGAUUUCAACUUGGAAUCGAAUACUUCAGCUAUUGAAUUGUUUAGUACUUCAUUAAAAUUAUCUGAUGCAUGGCUUAAUAAUGCUGUUGCUUUGAAGAACACAAAUAUUACAGAAUUAGAGUCAGAGGGAUGUACGUGUGAUCGAGCUGAUAAUCCUUAUCGUAAUCAACUUUGGACAAAUACAUAUGGAAAUGGUGAAAGAUUAGAUUACAUAUUUUAUCGUUCUGGGCCAUCAAUAAUAGAUUCAUUUCAUAUACCAUCCUAUGCUAAACUUGUCUGUGAUUCGUGUUGGUUAGAUAUGCGUAAAGUACCUGACGACCCUUAUGGUUUACAUUAUUCCGAUCAUGAAGGUGUAGCUGCAAGCUUUACUAUUACAAGAUUACGCAAUCCUGUCAAACCAGAGGGUGAAACAAUGUCAGCAAAUGAAUUAAAUCGAUUACGUGAUUUGUUAUUAGAUAUAGAUCAACAAUUAACUCGUGGUUUAAAUCAAUGUAUACAUGGUCGUUUAUUGCAUUUAAUAUGGGCGAUAUUUAUAACAAUUUUAUUAAUCAUCUUAAUAUUAAUAUACCCAACUGAUAGAUUAACAUCAAUUAUAAAAUGUUUAUUUGAAAUAUUACUUGGUAUUAUAUUAUUCACAUUAAUUUGGGGUUCAUUAAUUGGUAGAACUAUAGAAAAAUCCGGUUUAAAAAAUGCUAAACAUUCAAUUUCAACAUUAUCUUCAAGAUUAGAUAGUUCAAAUGAUUUUACAUUAAUUAAAUAAUAAUUUGUCUUUUUUUCUUUUUUUGUAUUCCUACCCAAUAAUUUUUUUCUUUUCUGUCUUUGUUUUCUUUUUCUUCCAAAAUAAAUUUUGAAUAAAAUAUGUUUAAAAGAAGAAAUAUAUACCAUCGAGUUUUCAUUUCUUUUUAAUUAAUCAAUUCAUUUAGAUUGUAAUGAUGAUAUCAGGAUUGAUCUCUCUCUGUGUGUGUCUCACACACUCACACGUUCCCCUUUUAAUUACAAGCAAUUAACGGAAAUAAUAACAAUUACUCAUAAUUGUUAUAUUUAGCAACGACAAAAUGAUUGUAUUUGACACUGAUGUUUGUGUAUUUUAAUUUUCUUUAAUAUUUAACAUAUAUGUGUAUGUUCAAUAUACCUAUAUAUAUAUAAUUUGAAUUAAUGUUAUCAUCGUUGUGGCUUUCUUUUGUCUCUUGUUUUUAUAUUGUACAUGUAUACAGAAUUAUGUCUAAUUUGAAAAAAAUUAUUUACAAAUAU